AUAAUGAAACACCCUCACACACCCUACAUUCCACCACCAGAGAUGGCUGUUGAUAUCGUCGCAGUUGUUACCGUCAGACCCAAAUUUAAUGAAAAGUUUCCUUCCGACGACACCCUCUCUCUCAAGUUUGCUAGCUCCGAUUUGGAUGCUGAUGGACAGCAAAAGCCAUUGAUCGGAGGUGUGGCGACAAUACAGAAUGAAUCGGCGGAGGAGUACACGUACGUGGCCAAAAUUCAAGUUCCCAGAGGAUUUGGGGAAAUUGGAGCAGUGAUCAUUGAACUGAAAGACAACUCCACGGAGAGGUUUAUCGACACUGUUUCUGUUGCCAACUCAUCAUCUCAGAACUCAGUUACGUUCAGCUGCACCUCAUGGGUUCAGCCCAAAAAUUUGAUCCCUGACCAGCGCAGGAUCUUCUUUUCCACCAAGUCCUAUUUGCCGGGAAACACACCGGCCGGGCUGGUGAAGCUGAGAGCAGAGGACCUUGCCAAUCUGAGAGGCCAAAAACCAGAUGGAACAGAAGAUGAGAAUGAGCGUAAGGCGUUCGAAAGGAUUUAUGAUUACGAUGUGUACAACGACCUCGGAGAUCCGGACGUAGACAUGAAAUGGAAAAGGCCUGUUCUUGGUGGCUCGGCCCAGUACCCUUACCCUCGGCGUUGCAGAACUGGUCGUCCUGCGGCUGUAUCAGAUCCGUGGUCAGAGCACAGGGGUGAAGAAAGCUUCUAUGUUCCACGAGACGAAGCAUUCUCAGAGGUGAAGCAGAAAAUGUUUCCGGCGAACCCGGGGAAGAAAGACAAGCUGGGAUCAAAGCCUUUCUCGGAUUUCACUCAGAUUGACCUAAUGUUCCGAGAUGGCAUUGAGAUCCCCCCCGCUCCUCACGAAAUUCUUCGCUUUAAUAUUUCCUCCACUCUUUCCACCAUGCAUGCCCCACCCUUUGUUGACCCUUCUACCCUUCAGCCCCAGCCUGCCCGGUUGGUUAAAUUCCCACCGCCCGAGGCCCUCAAGAGAGACAAGUUCAAUUGGCUGAGUGACAGCGAGUUUGCAAGACAGACACUCGCUGGUCUCAACCCCUACAGCAUUCAGCUGGUCAAGAGUUUGCCUUUGAUGAGUGAGCUGAACCCCAAGGAUUAUGGACCUCAAGAAUCAGGAUUCACCACCGAAUUGGUCCAGAAAUUAAUCGGAUGCUCCAUCACUGUUGAAGAGGCAUUAGCACACAAGAAAUUGUUCGUACUGGAUUACCAUGACACUUUAAUGCAAUAUGUAACCAAAGUAAGAAGCAUUAAGCGGACGACACUGUAUGGAUCAAGGACAUUGUUCUUCCUAAACUCAGAUGACACUUUGACGCCGUUGGGUAUUGAGCUAACUCGGCCGCCGAUGGAUGGGAAGCCCCAAUGGAAACAAGUUUUUUCCCCAAGCACUCAUGCCACGGAUGCCUGGCUAUGGAGGCUCGCUAAAGCCCACGUUCUUGCUCAUGAUUCUUGCGUUCACCAACUCGUUAUUCAUUGGCUUAGAACCCACUGUUGCAUGGAGCCCUAUGCAAUUGCGAUGAACAGACAAUUAAGUACGAUGCACCCAAUCUAUAGACUAUUGCAUCCUCAUUUUCGAUUCAAUAUGCGCAUCAACUCAAAUGCGCGUGAAAUUCUCAUCAACGCCGGAGGAAUCAUUGAGAGCACGUUUUCUGCUGCGGCUUACUCCAUGGAAUUUAGUUCUUUGGUGUACAAGAAGGAGUGGCGAUUUGACACCCAAGCGCUCCCUGAGGACCUAAUUCGCAGGGGAAUGGCGGAGAGAGAUGAAAAUGCACCUCAUGGUCUUAAGUUGGCGAUCAAAGACUACCCUUUUGCGAACGACGGUCUGAUGUUAUGGGAUGCUCUGUUGGAAUGGAUGACAGAGUACGUGCACCACUAUUACCCGGAUGAGAAAGCGAUAAAGAACGACAAGGAGCUGAAGGCAUGGUGGAAAGAAAUCAUGGAAAAGGGGCAUCCAGACAAGAAGAAAGAAGCAGGAUGGCCUGCGCUAAAGACCCCCAAAGACCUUAUUCAGAUCGUGUCCACCAUAGCGUGGGUAGGGUGUGGACACCACUCGGCGGUGAACUUCAUACAAUACGCACACGCAGGGUAUUUCCCGAGCCGACCCAGUAUUGCGAGGACCAACAUGCCCACAGAGGACUUCGACCAAAUUCCAGAGGAGUUGAUAAACAAUCCUGAAAGUGUGUUGCUUGAAGCCUUCCCUUCGGUGGCACAGGCUUCCACAGUGGCACAGACUAUGUUGAUUCUCUCGGCUCACUCUCCGGACGAGGAGUAUAUCGGGAGCAAGAUAGAGGCAGCCUGGGAGGAGAACCCCAUCAUAGCCAAAGCCUUUCAAAAGUUCAAAGCGAGGUUGGAUAAUCUAGACGAAAGUAUCGACGAGAAAAACGAGGAUAGUAAUUUUAAGAAUAGGCGUGGAGCUGGGUUAGUCCCGUAUGAGGUUCUGAAGCCAACUUCAAGCUUUGGGGUGACUGGAAAGGGAGUUCCAUACAGCGUUUCCACUUGAACUUCCUCCACUCUCCCAUCUUCAUCAAUCGUCUUCCCCCCUUGUGCUUUUCAUUUCAUGUUGUUUCUGUGUUUCUUGAAUUCCGAUUUGUAUCAUUUUCCGUCUCUUUUUUUU